AUGCAAUUGCUUUGCCUGUUCCUGCUGGUGGCCGGUAGUUCCUGCUGGUGGUUUACCAAAGAGGAUGACAAGAAGGAAAGUGUCAAGGAGGAAAUUGUUGGGACAGUGAUUGGAAUAGACCUCGGGACGACCUACUCCUGUGUUGGAGUGUUCAAGAACGGCCGUGUUGAGAUCAUCGCCAAUGAUCAGGGAAACCGCAUCACUCCGUCAUACGUGGCCUUCACUACCGAAGGUGAGAGACUCAUCGGAGACGCUGCGAAGAACCAGCUGACCUCUAACCCUGAGAACACCGUCUUUGACGCCAAGAGGUUAAUCGGCCGCACAUGGGGCGACUCGACCGUGCAGCAGGAUAUUAAAUACUUCCCCUUUAAGGUACACAUGUCUGCCAGCCUGUGUCUGAACUGUAUUUGUCUCUUUGUAUUCAACGAGGACACUAAACACCUGCUGUGUCUCUUCCAGGUAUUUGAGAAGAAGAACAAGCCUCACAUCCAGCUGGACAUCGGAUCAGGUCAGAUGAAGACUUUCACCCCUGAGGAAAUCUCUGCUAUGGUUCUGACUAAAAUGAAGGAGACUGCAGAGGCUUGCACGCCUACCAGCGAACGGUCCCAAGAGGAUUUUGCCGCUUUUGUGGAGUGGGUGCUGGCGAAAAAUGGAUCUUCAUUCACCUUCAGCACCGCCGAAGAGGAUAUCUCCAGCCCCACUCCCGACCCAGAGACCAGCCAACCACCUUCCCGACAAACUGAGCCAGAGCCCACCGCAGCCGCAGAGCCCAAGCCAUUCACUGACAAGAAGCAGGAUCUCGAGAGUGCGACUGACCAGGCCGUGGCUAAUGGGGCUGCUGUCCAGGCUGGAGUCUUUUCUGGAGAAGAAGACAUUGGUGACCUGGUGCUUCUGGACGUUUGCCCUUUGACCCUGGGUAUUGAGACAGUCGGAGGAGUUAUGACCAAACUCAUUCCCAGGAACACUGUUGUGCCCACCAAGAAAUCCCAGAUCUUCUCCACCGCUUCUGACAACCAGCCAACCGUGACCAUCAAAGUUUAUGAAGGCGAGCGUCCGCUGACCAAGGAUAACAACCUCCUAGGCAUGUUUGACCUGGACGGCAUCCCUCCAGCUCCCUGCGGUGUCCCCCAAAUUAAGGUCACCUUCGAGAUUGAUGUCAACAGCAUUCUGCGUGUCACCGGAGAGGACAAAGGCACAGGUAACAAGAACAAGAUCGCCAUCACCAACGACCAGAACCGUCUGACCCCCGAGGACAUCGAGCGCAUGGUGAAGGAGGCCGAGCACUUUGCUGAUGAGGACAAGAAGCUGAAGGAGCGCAUCGACGCCUGCAACGAGCUGGAGAGCUACACCUACUCCAUGAAGAACCAGAUUAGGAACAAAGAGAAGCUGGGUGGCAAACUGUCAUCCGAAGACAAGGAGGCCAUCAAGAAGGCCAUCGAGGAGAAGAUCGAGUGGCUGGAGUCUCACCAGGAUGCAGAUCUUGAAGACUUCCAGGACAAGAAGAAGGAGCUGGAGGAAAUUAUGCAGCCCAUCAUAAGCAAGCUGUACGGCAGCGCUGGCGGACUGCCACCAAAGGAUGAAGAUGGAAAGGUUGAGUUGUAA